AGAGGCUCAUUCUCUGCCGCCGCACCGUCAUUCAAGCAAAAAUCCUGUAGUUAGUAUUUAGUUAGUGAUAAAGAUAGUGAUCUCAGACGAAUUUCGUUCCGUUCAUACUAGAGUACGCAUCGUGCAAUGAGCAAGGAUGAAUAAUCCCGUGGCAGUAGCUUUUGCGAUAUUCCUCCUUCUGGCUUCCGGCGGCUCCGUAGAAGCAUCGGCAGGUCAGUGCCGCCAGCUUGAUCCGUGCCGUUGCGAGUUCGAAAAUGGACAGGGCAUCGACAUCCGACAGAUGCUCCUCAAGGUGGACAACUACAUGAGCGCGAUGGAUCCCAUAACGCAGGAUAAGUACUUCUUUCACCCGUGCCAGGACAUCCCGCAGCUGCCGUCCGAUGAUAACAAAGUGUGCAGUUCCGGAGUCGGCUACUCGCUGUGCCGAUACAACAAUGCGGCUAAAACUUACGAGAAGCUGGGAACUACCCAUGAUGCCAGUUUCCAAACGGGGGACAAUGAACAGCAGUCACUAGUCUACAAAUUGAACUCGGUAGUUACUUCAAUUCAGCUUCUGUGCUUGAAACACGAUCAGUCUUACCUCUAUGUAAAACAGGAUGAAGCACAAAAACUAGGGACUGGCAAAAAUACCACUCUGUUCCUGUUCUCGCCGUAUGCUUGUCCGGUGACGAUCGAAGAGAUCAGCAAACCCAGCACUGGCGGAGUGCUGCUGAUACUGUUCCUGAUCGGAACCUUCACCUAUUUCACGAUCGGUUCAAUUGUACGGUUCAUGUACUUAGGGGCUCGUGGUAUCGAAGUCAUACCGAACCUAGACUUUUGGAAGGAUUUGCCGGGGCUUGUGCGGGAUGGAGUUCGUUUUCUGCAGAACGGAUGCCGAGUGGAACGGCGGGCACCCGAUCCCGAUUCGUACGAUGCGAUCUAGGAAACAUCAUGCACCAUCAGCAUCACCCGCAAUCAACGUAGUUUGACCUUAUUUUAAGCCUUCGCAGCUACUGAAACACAGCUGCAACCGUAUCAAAAAAGUCAGUAGAUUUAAGAAGCCGAAUGAAACGAUGAUAUUUACAACAGGUUGUAGGUACGUGAUGCGCCGUUUUUGAGAUGUCUUUUUUACAAAGCAUAUAGGCAAAUUCAACUUCCCUAAUUGAAACUGUGUAGUGUGCAGUGCAUAUGUACAUCUGUUUGUGACAAAGCCAAAACAUUUUUUCUCAGCCCCACUGUGUAGAUACCGUAAGCGGUUUUCAUACAUGUAUGUGUCGCAGUUUGGUUCUCUGUGCUUCGCAGCGUAUAAUGAUAUUGACUGGUAAAAAUAUGCAUUGCUAGAGAGAAAGAUAAUAAAGUGCGUUUUGUUAAAAA